AGGACCAUCCAGAUCUUGGCAGCAGAAAGAAGCUUCGCCACCGCCCCUCUCUCUCUCUCUCUCUCUGUCUCUCUCUCGCUCUACUGUGCUGAUUGGAAUUGGGGAUUUGCAAAACAACAAAACCCAGAAGACGAAGCGGGCGAAGAGAAAGAAAUGAACAACAACAUAUGAGAAAGAAGACAAGAAAAAGGAAAAGAAAAUGAGAGCUCAUCAUCAUCAUCAUAUGAUCCACUUUUCGAUUCUAUCAUUGUUGGUUUCCUUCCUGGUUUCACACCAAUUCUGUAGAACCACUGGCUUCUCCGCACCAAAUCCGAUUCAAGAUUCGAUUACCGGCAACAAGCGAGGCCAACCCAGAAGAAUUCUCCACCAGCCACUUUUCCCGGUCACCUCUGAGCCCCCGCCGGCGGCAGAGCCACCUCCCUCCCCGCCGCCGCCGAGCCCGCAGUAUCCGGAUCCCAGCCAGCCAUUCUUCCCGGAGGUGCCAAACGGGGGGGCGCCGAAUCAGGCCCAACAACCUCCGCCGCCACCUCCGGCGAAUGGCAACGCCGUGGCGAACCCAAUUGCCACGCAGCCGAACAAGCCGGCCAAGAAAGUGGCGGUGGCCAUAUCGGUCGGGAUCGUCACUCUCGGGAUGUUGUCGGCAUUGGCUUUCUACCUGUACAAGCACCGGGCCAAGCAUCCCGGAGAGUCUCGGAAGCUCGUCGGAGGCGAUUCACAGAGGUUCACGGACGAAUCAGUACCUCCGCCGUCGAAUUUUCUUUACAUUGGGACGGUGGAGCCGUCGAGAGAACACUCGGAAGGCGAGCCGAAUGGGACAAAUGAAUCGAAUGGAUCGCCUUACCGAAAAUUGAGCUCGUUGAAGAGAUCAGAUCGGUACAGGCCAAGUCCCGAUCUUCAGCCGCUUCCGCCGCUGCCGAAGCCGCCAAUUCAAACCAUGAAUUCGCCGCCGCCGAUGACGUCGUCGGACGACGAGGAUCGUGAAACGGCGUUUUACACUCCACAGGGCUCGUCGGUGAGCGAGGAACCGACUUACACGCCCGGCUCACGGCUUAGCUUUCCCGGCAAUAAUGCCGGCUCGGUAGCACGGCCUCGAGCCGAAGGCCUGGCCAUCACCAACCCUAUUCCUCAUUCCAAGAGAACUUCGCCCAAAUCACGGUUUUUAAUCCCACCUCAGCCACCUCCACCACUGCCGGCGAUGGCACAAGGUCAGUACAGUAAACCAGACUUUGUGUAUUCUCCAAAGAGGCCAAAAUUUUCAGCUCCGCCGCCCCCGCCAAACAUGGCGCGGCUCCAAUCAAUCACCAACGUCCCGCUCCCGCCGCCACCGCCUCCGCCUCCGCCUCCACCACGGGGGAAAUUAGGAGGGUCAGGAACAAGUGUUUCCUCCAUAGCUUCCCAAGAAUUGAAGACGCCCCAGACUAGAAUUGUUAGUUCCAUAGCCUACUCUGGGUUUGAGAAAGCAAGGCCUGCUGAAGAAAUUAGCAAAGCCGCCGGUUUUUCGGAGAGGGCUGAAGCUGAUGAUGCAGACGGAUCAAAACCCAAGUUGAAGCCUCUGCACUGGGACAAAGUCCGGGCAACCUCUGAUCGCGCAACGGUGUGGGAUCAGCUGAAAUCGAGCUCCUUUCAAUUGAAUGAGGACAUGAUGGAGUCUCUUUUUGGGUUCAAUUCUGCGAAUUCAGUCCCGAAAGAGGCAAGUAGAAGACAGGUUCUCCCUCCAGUUGAACGAGAAAACAGAGUUUUGGACCCAAAGAAGUCACAGAACAUAGCUAUACUAUUGCGAGCGCUGAAUGUGACACGGGAUGAGGUCUCUGAAGCUCUUCUAGACGGAAACCCAGAAGGAUUGGGAACUGAUCUUUUGGAAACGUUGGUGAAGAUGGCUCCAACGAAAGAAGAAGAGAUAAAACUGAGAGACUACAAAGGUGACAUCUCAAAACUGGGGUCUGCAGAGAGGUUCUUAAUAUCUGUGCUUGACGUACCAUUUGCGUUUAAAAGAGUUGAAGCCAUGCUAUACAGAGCAAACUUCGACACUGAAGUACAGUAUCUGAGGAAGUCGUUUCAAACCCUAGAGGAUGCGAGCGAGGAAUUAAAGAACAGUCGGUUAUUUCUCAAACUACUUGAAGCUGUUCUAAGGACAGGAAACAGAAUGAACAUUGGCACCAACCGGGGUGAUGCUAGAGCUUUUAAACUCGACACACUGUUGAAAUUAGUAGAUAUUAAGGGAACAGAUGGAAAGACAACUCUACUCCACUUUGUGGUUCAGGAGAUUAUCAGAUCUGAGGGUUCAGGUUCUGAUCCUACAGUUGAAAACCUUCCUAAUAAAACGAAUCCUAAACUGAAAGAGGAGGAUUUCAAGAAACAAGGACUGCAAGUUGUUUCUAGUUUAAGCAGAGAACUCGGCAAUGUCAAGAAAGCAGCAGGAAUGGACUCGGAUGUCCUGAGCAGCUAUGUAUCGAAGCUAACAUCGGGGCUUGAGAAGGUUAGAGUGGUUUUGCAAUAUGAGAAACCAAAUAUUCAGGGGAAAUUCUUCGAAUCCAUGAGAAUCUUUCUUAGAGAGGCGGAAGAGGAAAUUGCUAGGAUCAAAGCUGUUGAAAGAAAGGCAUUGUCCUUGGUGAAAGAGGUCACCGAGUAUUUUCAUGGUGACACUGCUAAAGAGGAGGCCCAUCCUUUCAGGAUCUUCAUGAUUGUCAGGGAUUUUCUCUCCAUAUUGGAUCAUGUGUGCAAGGAGGUGGGGAGCAUGCAGGAUAAUACAAUGGUUGGUUCUGCUAGAUCCUUCCGGAUAGCUGCAACUGCAUCACUACCGGUCCUCAGCAGAUACAAUAUGAGACACGAUAACAGCUCGGAUGAGGGAAGCUCGUCGCCAUGA